AUGAACACAAAAAUGAAUGCUAUUUUAGGUAAACUUCAUUAUCCCACUAAUGUAUGUGGCCCGUUGUUCGAAGAAGAGCUAGAGUUUUGGGGAUUAGACGCUAAUCAAGUGGAACCAUGCUGUUGGAUGACUUACACACAACAUAGGGACACUCAGGAUACGCUAGCAGUUAUAGAAUCAUUAGACCUUGAUGGAGAUCCUCCAACACAAGAGGAGAUUGCAAAAAAAUUCGGUUGGGAAGAUGAUUAUUAUUCUGGAACCUUAUCUAAGUGGCAACAAAUCAAGCCGAGGAUAUGGGCUCUGUUUGACGAGCCGUGGAGCUCACAGUACGCUAGGGUAACCCAUUUUCAUAUUGGACCUUGA